GUUCUUAUAUCCUGACCCUCCUGAACGCAUCCUGUGGCUCCAGUUGUCAGUGUGAACUGAGCAGCUGUCAUCCUUCUGCUGUGAACGCUAGCAAACUAGGGAACGACACGUUGUGUGCCCUAAUAUUUCGAGGCUUUUCCAUCAUGGCACGUGGGCAUCAAAAGAUUCAGUCUCAACAGAAGAAUGCCAAGAAACAGGCCGAGAUGAAGAAGGCAAAGGGUCAUGACCAGAAGACAGCAGCCAAGGCAGCACUAGUGUUCACCUGCUCUGUGUGCAAAUCCCAGAUGCCUGACCCAAAAACUUUUAAGCAGCACUUUGAAAGCAAGCACCCGAAAUCCCCUCUGCCCCCCGAGUUAGAAGGAGUGGAGGCAUGAAACGCUUUCCACCACUGAAGUCACUCACCAUGGAUGCCAAACGUAAUUUUUUCCACACCCUGCACCAAAUCUGUCCUUGUUUCUGUCUAAUGAUUGGAUAGAUGUGAUUAAUGUGAAGCGAUUUUCUUCAUUUGCCACAACUUGCCUUUGAUCAGGUUCAGUAUUAGUGUGUGGGUACAUGGGGAAUAAAGCCAAAGGCCAUUGGAUGCUCUAUGAACUCCUCACUGCCCUGGUACAUUGCGCACAUAGGGAUUUCUCUUCUUGCUGCUAGCUCAUAUACCUCUCCUUCUGAGGCUUUGAUGGCUUGAUUGUCGUUACAGCCAAAAUGCCACAUGAGGUAAUCACUAUGUGUCCUUAGAAAGCAGGGAGUUGACCUAGUGGAAAACAAAAAAAAGCUUACAGAAAUUAGAAUUUUAUAUUCAAUCAAACUAUUGACAAAUGGAACUUCAUUUAUUGCAAUGGUUAUUUAAUUUAUAGUUCUUGAUAUCUUAUGUAUUAAAUCAAAAUGGGACUGUAAAAUGUUUUUGUGCGUCAGUUCCAAAUAAAAGGUUCUCUUCACCAAUCGAGCAUCGAUUUAUGUAGCCAUACAAAUGUGGAUAUCUGUCAACUGUUUUCUUGCUGCAAAAUGAAAUGUGACCUAAUGACAUUUUACAGGAACUUGUCAGAUGCAUUUGUAUGUUGAGAAAGGAAGAUAUGCUCUAAUGAUGUACAAUAGCAUUUUAUUAAAUUAUACUUUGUAUUUA